AUGGUGAAGAAGAAGAUCUCCACUCUUGCCACCAGUGCCGCGAGCAGCGGCACCGCCGCCAAGGCUUCUCCAAAUCCGACGAAGAGAGAAGAUUCAAUCCCACUGAUAUCUUCCCAUCCAUCAUUUGAUGCUGGUCAUCAGCCAACUGAGAUCCUCAUAGCUCCCGAACAUUUACAAGACCUGUCGAACAAUACCUCUGAGAGAAGAGAUUCCUCAGCCCCCGUAGGAUCUCAAAUGGAAGAAAACGCAAGCCCAAAAGAUGAACGCGAUGAUCCAAUGAAUCCUGAAGCUGUUUUUAUCAAUCCACGAUCUUCAGCCGAUGACAUUAGCGACACAGCGGGAUCAAUGCAUGAUGACGACGUUGAUCGUGCUGCCUUUGUUGAUGCAGCUGCGGAGGAGGCCGAAGCACUUCCUUUGAAGAGACCAUCCGGUGGCUUCGCCGACGAAGAUGAUCUUUUUGAUCUUGAGGAGGGUUUCUUCGAGCCUCUAUCCAAAAAGGCCAAAUCUUGUGCCGUUCUGCCGAACCCCGCAGCUUCCGAGGCUUCGGCCCCUACUGUGGCCCCAACAGCCCAGAUGUCGAUUGCUUCUUCCCUUUCCAAGGGGAAGGAUAUUCCUUCGGCAGCCGUAGCUCCUUCUUCAGGGAAACCUGAUUUGCGAGCUGUCAUAUCUUCUUUAGAAACUUUCGCCUCCCAAUACACUUCCCUGGAAGCUAACAAGGCUCAACAGCAAAAGGAGGCCAAGUCUUCUUCCUCGAAGUUGGAGGGCGCAAUAAAAAUAGCUGCCGAAGCUCGCCAGGAAGUCGACUCCCUAAAGGAGGAGCUCGAGGGGCUGAAGAAGAGGCUGAAAGACGAAGAGGCAUCCAGGCUAGCCGCUGAAGCUCGGGCGCUUGAGAAGGAUGAUCUUCUUCGCCAAUCUUCCUUAGCCUUGCUCAAGGCUGCUGAUAUCCCUGUCGAGGCUCUGGACAAGCUUCCGAAUAAUUCCCGGCGAAUGCUCUGUCGAUGA